AUGGCGAUCUCUAUUGAUAACGAAAAACGUUUGGCUCUAUUUCAAUCAAUUGGUCUCAAUGAACAAAAAGCUCGAGAAACAUUAAAAAAUCAUGAUAUAACACAUUUACUAGAGGCAACUAUUAACGAAGCUAAAACAAAUUUACCAAAUGAAAAUCAAAUUUCAAAAUCAAUUGGAAAUCUUUUAUAUGCACUAUCAACAAAGAGUAAACAACAAAUACAUCAUUUGCAUAAACAUUUAAUCAAAUAUAUUUGUGAAGAAAAAAUUAAAAAUGAACAACAAUUAACAGCUGCUAUUGAUUGUCUUUUAACAAAUCCAACAGAACCAAUUGAUCAAGAAGCAUUAGAACAAUGUGCAGGUAUUGGAGUCAUCGUUACUUCAGAUGAUAUUAAACGAGUGGUAAGAGAAGUAAUUGAGCAAAACAAAACAAAAUUACUUGAACAAGGUCAUGAUUAUCCUAUAAGUACACUUUUAAAUGAAGGUCGACGUCGUUUAAAAUGGGCAGAUGGAAAAUCACUUAAAGAUGAAAUGGAUGCUGAAUUACUUAAUUUGCUUGGUCCUAAUGAUCGUUCAUCGAAAAAUACAACAAAAAAACAAAAUAAUGUAUUGUCAUCGACUGAAAAAUCGAAAUCAUCUUCUACAACCAUUAAUGGGGUUGAAAAUAAUACAAAAAUACAUUCAUUUGCAGACUUAGUUGGUGAAGCUUUAAAUUUUCAUAAACCAGGUGAAAAUUAUAAAACAGAAGGUUAUGUAAUGACACCAAAAACAUUUGAUCUAAUGCGAGAACAUUUAAAAAAAACUGGUGGACAAGUAAUAACAAGAUUUCCACCUGAACCUAAUGGAAUUUUACAUAUUGGUCAUGCAAAAGCAAUUAAUUUUAAUUUUGGUUAUGCUAAACUCAAUAAUGGAAUUUGUUAUUUACGUUAUGAUGAUACAAAUCCAGAAAAAGAAGAAGAAAAAUUUUUUACUGGUAUUCUUGAUAUUGUCAAAUGGCUUGGUUAUGAACCUUAUAAAGUAACUCAUGCAUCUGAUCAUUUUGAUCAAUUAUAUGAAUGGGCAAAAGAAUUAAUUCGUCGUGAUUUAGCUUAUGUAUGUCAUCAAAAAGGUGAAGAAUUAAAAGGACAUAAUGUUCCUGAAUCACCAUGGCGUUAUAGACCAAUUCAAGAAUCUUUACAAUUAUUUGAAGAUAUGAAACAUGGAAAAUUUGCUGAAGGUGAAGCAACAUUAAGAAUGAAAUGUGUUAUGGAAGAUGGAAAACUUGAUCCUGUUGCUUAUCGUAUUAAAUAUGCUCAUCAUGCUAAAAGUGGUGAUAAAUGGUGUAUUUAUCCAACAUAUGAUUAUACACAUUGUUUGAAUGAUUCAAUUGAAAAUAUAACACAUUCAUUAUGUACAAAAGAAUUUCAAUCAAGACGUUCAUCAUAUUAUUGGUUAUGUAAUGCUCUUGAUUUAUAUUGUCCUGUUCAAUGGGAAUAUGGUCGAUUAAAUCUUGAAUAUACAGUUGUAUCAAAACGUAAAAUUGUUAAAUUAAUUGAAAAUAAUGUUGUUCGAGAUUGGGAUGAUCCACGUUUAUAUACAUUAACUGCAUUGAGACGAAGAGGUUUUCCACCAGAAGCAAUUAAUUUAUUUUGUGCACGUAUUGGUGUAACUAUGUCACAAACAACUCUUCAUCCAGAUAUGCUUGAUGCAUGUGUACGUGAAGUACUUAAUAUAACUGCUCCAAGAGUAAUGGUUGUUUUAGAACCAUUAAAAGUAACGAUAACGAAUUAUCCAUAUGAAAAGAUGCAAGAAUUAACUGUAUUGAAUUAUCCUGGAGAAGAAUCUCGUGGUUUUCAUACAAUUAAAUUUGAUUCGAUUAUUUAUAUUGAAAAAUCAGAUUUUAGUGAAAAUCCAACUAAAGAUUUUAAACGUUUAACACCAAAUCAACCAUGUGGAUUAAAACAUAUUGGUUUAGUUAUUACUGUUCAAGAUAUUAUUAGAGAUUCGAAUAAUGAACCAAUUGAAUUGAAAGUAAAAUGUGAAAAAGUAACGGAUGAAGGUGUUGUGAAACCUAAAGGUUUUAUUCAUUGGGUAUCUCAUCCAAAUAAAUGUGAAGUUCGAAUAUAUGAAAGACUUUUUCUUCAUUCAAAUCCUGAAGAUCGAAAACAAGUUCCAGAUGGUUUUCUUUCGGAUAUAAAUCUAAAUUCAUUAACAAUUAAUUCAAAUGCUUUUGCUGAUGAUGGCAUUAAAAAUGCUAAAGUACUUGAUAAAUUUCAAUUUGAACGUGUCGGAUAUUUUAGUGUUGAUUCUGAUACAACAAAUGAAAAAUAUGUAUUUAAUCGAACCGUAACAUUAAAAGAAGAUAAACGAGUAUUAUAA